UCGUAUUGUGCGUUGUAUCGGUAUUUGUUGCCGGCUGUAGCAUAAUAGUUGUCAAUAUUUAUUAAUUGUGCCGCAAUGCCUCUCACAGAUGUCUUGGAGCUCAAUAAAACGGAAUUGUUUACCAAGAUUCGCAAUGCACUACCGGUAGUACCGCAAACACAGAAUUUGCUGGACUGCAAGGAUGAUUUAUUAUACGCAUGGAACUCCACCGAUUCCUGCUUGUUGGUUACAAAUUGGCGCGUCGCAUUGCUUCAGCCAGAACCGAAGCGUGCUAAAGCUAGCUAUCAAACGCUAAUACCUUCAAAUUCGGUCGGUCUUCUGGUCAAUCGUGUUGUGGUUUCCAAUGAGGGGUCGCUUGUCGCGCUGAGUGGUCCACAAAGUGUGACAAUAUUGGAGGUACCACGUCGCAGUGGGCCGGAUGGCAAUUUAAUGGACGGUAAGCCACAAAUCACGUGUCGUACAUACAACCUGGAUGCUCUGCUCUUCCAAAACAAUCCACAACUGGAGGUACGUCAGGUGCGUUGGCAUCCCGAUUCAGUCUCUGACUCCACGCUUCUAGUGCUGCUCUCCAACAACACAAUUCGCGUCUACAAUCACGCCAAGCUGCGUCAUGUGUGGAAGGUGGGUCCGCACACAGCUAAAAAAGGCGCCAAUACAUCCCUCUCGGAUUUCGGUGAAACUUCCGUUGACUUUGACAUAGCGCCAGCAAUUAAAACAUGUGUUUCACCCAGCGACGAAACAACCAAAAACUCUACACUAAAUUCCACCAAAACCAACAAAGAGAAGGUGGAGUGGCCAAUUGUGAUAUUGCGUGAGAAUGGGAAUGUUUAUAUGUUGCUCGCCGGCAUUGAUUCGGAAAUAACGCGUCUGCAGGGUCCCAUUACCAUAGCACCGCAGACAAGCUCUAACUAUGGCGUCGAGUCGUGUGCUCUGCUUAUCAUACCAUCUUUGCCGCCAACUGUGAUCAUUGCGGAGUCAACAGGUAAACUGCACCAUGCUCUUCUGCUGGAGGCUGAAACCACUGAGCACUCGUUUAACGAUGCGGAUGACGGUCUGCUCAUUGAACCAUCAGAGUGGACACUACAUGUUACGGAAACCGUUGAGCUUGAACUGGGCCUCUCUGCGUCCGCGCCUAAUGAUACUGGCAAUGCGUACAGUUGCCCCAUACACUUGAAGCGAGAUCUGAUCAACGAAAUGCGCUACUUUGCCUACCACGAUGCCGGAUUGCAUAUUAUUACUGUCAACUUUAUAUCCGAGUUGCAGCGCUUCUUGGACAGCGAGGCCGAAGACAAUCAGCUUAUAUUAUCGACACCCUCAUGUGCUGAAUAUAUAUUGUGUACUAAAUUCGAUUCUAGUGACCGCAUCAAUGCUGUUAUUGGUAUCGCCCUGAUGCAAAUGCCAUCCGGGCUCGUGCUGUUGCUGGGCAGCGGUCAAGUGAUCAGCCUUAAGCUGGUCAUUGAUGCCCAACUGUUAAUGACGUCCAAACAACAUUUGAAGAUGACUGCCACUGAUGUGCUAGAUCAGCAGGGUGCGGGUCCUUCAUUUGUGGAAAAAAUCAAGACAAUGCUACUGCGUAGCGUAAGUCAACCGAUUCUGGCUGACAAGUUGGGCACGACCUCAGCACACGAGCGCUACGAGCUGCUAAACCAGGCCAUGGAGGUGCUGCGUACCCAAUACCUCAAGCGACACGAGCUGGUGCGCGCGGAGUUUGCCAAGCGCAUAAACUGCAUUAAACUGCAGAAGCAGCAGCAAUUGCAGGAGAUCAAGUCUCUGGAGAAUGAACGAGAGGUCAUAAGCGAACGAGCACACAAGCUGGCCGAACGCUUCGAAGAAAUUAGCGAUAAUCAAGAGCUGCUUGUGCACCGUUGCCAAAAGCUAAUGCAGCUAGCCAAUGCAGUGCUGCCCAACAGCGCUGUGGCCGAGCGAGAGUUUGCCUUGGAAGUGGCACGCAUCAACAAGGCCACCAAUACCAUGGUCGCUGCCUUGGACACGGCCAAGAAGACGUACAACAAACAACGCUAUCAUAUCGCAAACUCCCAGGAGACAGAAACAAGCAAGGCCUACCAGCUGCCAGAGAGACAGCAGCGCACUAUCACCGAGAUUCUAACUCAGCUCUCGACUGAGAUAGAUCGUCAGAUAACUGAUGUGAAGCGAAUAAAUAAGAUUAUCGGUCUAUAAGCAGCCUUAUCAUCUAAGUUAAUUUUGUAUUUUUGCUAUUGCUCACAAUUAAAGCAACUUAUACUAUAUUUGU